UAUCUUUAAGAGCCCUAUCUAGCUCCCUCUCUAAAGUAUCCAGAGAACUGUCCUCCACCACCCUCUGAGGCAGAGAAUUGCACAGACUAACAACUCUCUGUGAGAAAAAGUGUUUCCUCGUCUCUGUUCUAAAUGGCUUACCCCUUAUUCUUAAACUGUGGCCCCUGGUUCUGGACUCCCCCAACAUCGGGAACAUGUUUCCUGCCUCUAGCGUGUCCAUACCCUUAACAAUCUUAUAUGUUUCAAUAAGAUAUUCUCUCAUCCUUCUAAACUCUAGAGUGUACAAGCCCAGCUGCUCCAUUCUCUCAGCAUAUGACAGUCCCGCCAUCCCGGGAAUUAACCUUGAAAACCUACGCUGCAAUCCCUCACUAGCAAGAAUGUCUCUUCACAAAUUACGCGACCAAAACUGCACACUAGACUCCAGGUGUGGUCUCACCAGGGCCCUGUACAUCUGCAGAAGGACCUCUUAACUCCUAUACUCGACUCCUCUUGUUAUAAAGGCCAACAUGCCAUUCGCUUUCUUAACUGCCUGCUGUACCAGCAUGCUUACUUUCAUAGACUGAUGAACAAGGACCCCAGAUCCCGUUGUACCUCCCUUUCCCAAUGUUGCCAUUUAGUUAGUAAUCUGCCUUCCGUUUUUGAUGUUUUGAUCUGUGAGGAGGAUGCUAUGAGAAUGCAGGGUAACUUGGACAAGUUGGGUGAGUGGGCAGAUGCAUGGCAGAUGUAGUUUAAUGUGGAUAAAUGUGAGGUUAUCCACUUUGGAAGCAAAAACAAGAAGGCAGAUUACUAUCUAAAUGGUGUCAAGGUGGGAAAAGGGGAAGUACAACGGGAUCUGAGGGUCUUUGUUCAUCAGUCUCUGAAAGUAAGCAUGCAGGUGUAGCAGGCAGUGAAGAAAGCAUAUGGCAUGUUGGCUUUUAUAACAAGAGGAGUUAGCUCAUUCUAAGCUUCCCCCCUUCCACUCCCUUUCUAGUUUCAGUCAAUAAAAUACUGAGUCAAGCACUUGCUCAUCUAAACUUUAUUUUGGAAAAACACAAUAAGAGUUCCCCACUACUAUAGCUAACCACUGCAGGUUCGAUUCUCGUAUCUGCCUGGCCAAACCCUUCUUGCCUCGUGCAAGCAGAGACACUCCAGAAGGUCACGCAGUCCCAUGCGUUCUCCCAGAAGAUCGACCCAGGACCUCGUGGGAGCGGCCUUUUAUAGGUCCCCGAACCUUGAGGGGCCGAACCACAAGGGGGUGGUCUCUAUACAGUCCAAUAACAGAUAUCGAAUAACACAGAGCAUGAUAGACAUUUCCCUCAUCCAGUAAACAGUGACUAAUACAUUAUGCAACAUGUGCCUGGAUAUUCAAGAAACCCAGACAAGGCUCAACACUUGACCCAAUCAACAUCUAGCAAAGUAAAGCUUUGCAACAAUAUUUACAAUGUGUGUGUCUGGUUUGCAUUCACCCAAUCCGUUUCAUGCAAUUUACACCUAAUUGUCAGACUCUGCAGAUGUCCCAUUCUCUUCCUGCCACUUAUCUAGGCUCUAGACAAGCUGGCACCAUUCUGCAGCUUGUCCCAUUUCUGCAGAAGGCACGUUUAAAUUGACCAAAUGGCCUAGCAGCCCAGAACCCUUUCCUCAAUGUUAGUGUCCUGGCAACUACAAUUUGGCCAGAAUUAACAACUACAGGAGCAAAGAUGUCCUUCUGCAGUUGUACAGGGCCCCAGUGAGACCACACCUGCAGUAUUGCGUGCAGUUUUGGUCUCAAAAUUUGAGGAAGGACAUUCUUGGUAUUGAGGUUGGCGGGAUUGUCAUAUGUUGAUAGAAUGGAGCGGCUGAGCUUGUAUAAUUUGGAAUUUAGGAUGAGAGGGGAUCGUAUUGAAACAUAUAAGAUUAUUAAGGGUUUGGACAUGCUAGAAGCAGGAAACAGAAUCUGGGGCCACAGUUCAAGAAUAAGGGGCAAGCUAUUUAGAACGGAGAUGAGGAAAAGCUUCUUCACCCAGAGAGUUGUGAAUCUGUGGAAUUCUCUGCCUCAGAGGGUGGUGGAGGCCAAUUCUCUGGAUGCUUUCAAGAGAGAGUUAGAUAGAGCUCUAGGGGCUAGUGGAAUCAAGGAUAUGGGGAGAAGGCAAGCACAGGGUACUGAUUGUGGAUGAUCAGCCAUGAUCACAAUGAAUGGCGGUGCUGGCUCGAAGGGACAGAUUGCCUCCUCCUGCACCUAUUGUCUAUUAUUUGUUCCUGUACUGUAUUGUUCUAUGUUCUAUGUCCAUCUGAUGAGCAUUCACACUCGUAUAACUUGUCCUGCAAGCCUCAUGUACUCCACUUCAUCCCCUCCACAGAUGCUUCCUGACCAGUUGAGACCCUCCAGCACUUUGUGUUUUUCUGAAGAUUCCAGCCCCUGCAGUUCCUUGUGCCUCUGCUCCCGUCCUUGCCAUCCCUUGCCAUUCUCAGCAUCCUUCCAUCCAUCCUGCUUGUAGCUGUGUGAGUGCCACUUCAGAGUCAUAGUGUGAUCCAGCGUGGAAACUUCAGCCCCUUCAGCCCAAGUUGCCCACAUCGGCCUAUAUACCACAUCUGCACUAGUCCCACCCACCUGCGUUUGGUCCAUAUCCCUCUAAACCUGUCCAAUCCAUGUACCUAUAACUGUUUCUUAAACAUUGAGAUAGUCCCAGCCUAAACUAUCUCCUCCGGCAGCUCGUUCCAUGCACCCACCACCCUUUGUGUGAAAAAGUUAUCUCACAGAUUCCUAUUAAAUCUUUUCCCCUUCACCUUAAACCCAUGUCCUCUGGUCCUCGUUUCCCCUACUGUGGGCAAGAGACUCCGUGCAUCUACCCGAUCUAUUCCUCUCAUGAUUUUAUACACCUCUAUAAGAUCACCCCUCAUCCUCCUGCACUCCAAGGAAAUAGAGACCCAGCCAUCUAAACCUCUCCCUAUAGCUCAGGCCCUCAAGUCCUGGCAACAUCCUUGUAAAUCUUCUCUAUACCUUUUCCUGCUUGACAACAUCUUUCCUAUAGCACGAUGCUCAGAACUGAAUUAUUUGUCCUUCUUUGUUUGAAGACAUAACGACCCAACCCGCUGGCAAGUGUACAUGGGAUCGGUGGAAGUGGGGACAGGCACCAGACGAGACAUCAGACGGAUCAUCGUCCACCCCGAAUACGCAUUGAACACCACAUUCGACUAUGAUGUUGCAGUCCUGGAACUGUCCAGCCCACUCAGCCUCUCCAGUGUCAUCUACCCGAUCUGCCUCCCGUCCAGUGAACAAGUGUUCCCCAGCGGCCAGCAGUGCUACAUCACAGGAUGGGGCGCUCUCACUUUCUCAGGAUCCUUUCCCAACAUCCUACAAGAAGCAGAAGUGUCGGUUAUUGAUGACCAAACGUGCAGGAAUAUCUACGGAUCCGAUAUCACUCCGAGAAUGCUGUGUGCUGGUGUAUUAACGGGAGGAGUAGGUUCAUGUCAGGGGGAUUCUGGAGGACCCUUGGCCUGCAGUGACUCGAGAGGAAGCUGGUUCCUGGCGGGAAUCGUCAGCUUUGGCAACGGAUGUGCUCGGCCCAACUUCCCUGGCGUCUACACGCGUGUGACAGCCGUGAGAGAUUGGGUGGAACAACAGACAGGGCAUUGCCGUGUCACGCCCAACUCCAUCGCCCACCAGCUCCUGGCCAACGGCCACUUCAAAGAAGCGGACAAGAAUCAAACUCGUUCUGUCAAACAGGAAACCACUAAUUUUUGGGAAGCUCCAGGCGCUGAUGGGCUCCAGUCAGCAGCCUUUUCCUCUGCAGAACUCUCUCCUGUCAUCACUCAAUUGAAAUGCGGAAAAGCCCAGGGUCCUGAUAACAUUCCCCCAGAAUUCCUGAAACACUGCGGUCCAAAAUGCCAGGUCUGGCUCCAUGAGUUCUACUACUCAUGCCUUAUUGGUCAGUCCAUUCCGAAGAUCUGGUGGAAAGCCACCGUCAUUGCACUACCAAAACCAAACAAGCGUGUGUACGACCCAAGGAACCAUCGGCCCAUCUCACUCAUCUGUGUCCUGUACAAGCUUCUCGAACGGCUUCUCCUGGCCCGGCUCGAUCCAAUCGUCGACCCCCAACUACCUGCUGAACAAGCUGGAUUUGGUCCUCUCCUGGCCAACGGCCACUUCAAAGAGACAGACAAGAAUCAUACUCGUUCUGUCAAACAGGAAACCACUAACCUUUGGAAAGCUCCAGGCGCUGAUGGGCUCCUCAAGCUGGACACCAUCCUCAACGACACCAUGCAGAUCAUCACCAGCUGCCUACGGCCUCCUCCGGAUCUUCUGCCGGUGCUUGCAGCUAUCGCACCCACCAAGCUUCGCAGAGAGUACUUCACCCACAGGCCGGUGCAGGUCCCGCAGUGUCUACGCGUCUCAGUGCUCACGGGCACUGAGUUCCCUGUAGUGCCCGUUGGCCUGCGGUGCUCCACAGCGCGGUGUAGUGCUCACGGCACUGAGCCGCCCGUCUACCGUUUGCCUGCGGUGCUCCAACGCGGUUCAGUCCGCUCAGGGAGCUGGCCGCUCGCAACCGCAGUGCUCCAACGCGGUGCAAGUCCUCUCGGGGAACUGGCCGCUCGCGACGCAGGCCCAGCAGCUCCAACGCGUACCCGGUGCUCACGGGCACCGACCGCUCGCCGCUACCUCCAGUCUCCCAGCCCCACGGACCCAUACAGCGCUCCUUACCCUGUAGGUCCCUGGGCUGUUUCCCGAGUCGUCAGACCGACGGCUCCGGAGUGCUCCACCAGCUGUCGGCGACCCGUACACCUGCUGGAGCUAAAGUCGCACCCGCUCCCGCCAAGGGAGACCGUCGUGCCACCGGCCGUUGCUGGCUGCCUGCUCCUACAUAGCAGCUCUCCCCCGCCAGCUUUCCACAGCCUUCCUGUAAAGAAAGAUGAAGUCAUUUCAUUCCAGGUAAAUGGCAAACAGAUCAAUAUUCAGUUAAUCGUCAUCAGGUGCAAGGGACUUAUAUUUGGGAAAAUGAAAGUUUCAAAAAAUGUCCUCUGGAUUACUACAGCUGUUGUCGUCAUUCUGCUCAUUGCCUCAGUCGCUGCAAUUAUUCUGGCAAAAUAUUACACAAAAGCGACUUCAAAUAAACCGACUAUGGAAUUUCCUGGAAUUGGAAAUCUGUCUUCAAUUAAUGAAACGUGUGGCUCCAGGAUUGAACGAUUCACCCGGAUAGUCGGUGGGACAAACGCAAAGAAUGGCGAGUGGCCAUGGCAGGUUAGCCUGCAGAUUGGGAGUCACGUUUGUGGAGCUUCCAUCAUCUCCGACCGAUGGCUCGUCUCUGCCGCUCACUGCUUCCCGAGUGCGUACGCCCACACCUCAUAUUGGAAAGCUUACAUGGGGUCUGUGAUGCUUGGAGAAGGAAUGUCCAGAGGCAUCAUAAGAAUUGUGACCCACCCCAACUACAGCAUCCCGAGGAGCUUCAACAAUGACAUUGCCGUAUUGGAACUCUCUUCCCCUCUCAUCUUCAAUGACUUCAUCCAGCCUAUCUGCCUGCCGCCCAGCAACAAGGUGUUCCCACCUGACAAAAGAUGCACCAUCACAGGCUGGGGAACACUUGCCUACGAAGGGUCACUUGCCACGAUCCUUCAGAAAGCCGUUGUGCAUAUCAUCAGUAGUCAAAGAUGCCAGCGUGUCUACAAGAACCUGGUCACUGAGAAGAUGAUCUGUGCAGGGAUCAUGGCCGGAGGAGUCGAUGCCUGUCAGGGUGACUCGGGAGGUCCGUUGGUUUGCAGAGAUCCUGAUAAGACUUGGUAUCUUGCUGGAAUCGUCAGCUAUGGGAUUAAAUGUGCGAGUCCCAACAUACCAGGAGUGUAUUCUCGUGUGACAGCCCUGCGAGACUGGGUGGUGCAGGAAACUGGGAUAUAGAGGGGAUGCAUUUGCAACUCUCAGCGUGCUCCGUUCAUUCCUAUCGCAUGAUCACAUUGUUUCUAAAAUCUAUUCCUAGCGUCGCAAAGACGCCACUAAUGUAAUUUUUAUAUCCAUGGAAUCCGCAACUUUGCAGAUGGCUUUGUUUUGGCAAAUUCUUGAUGCAAGAUUGUUGAUGGUCUAACGAGGUCAUUGUUUUGUGAGAAGGAGUUCCAGAUGCAGAAACCUACACGUUUUUAUCACUGGGUUAUCACACGCGGGCUUCUCCGGGACACCUUUAGAGUAGGUUCACACAAUUAGAAUUAUAUUUAGGGUUGGGGUUAACGACGGCCCCAGUCAGCUGCUGCCUCAGUUUAAUUUAAGUAGAUUGUGGUUUGAUAUAAAUUCCUGAAUUGUUUCCAUUGCUCCUAUGAGCUCACUUGAACACAUUUUGUACCAGGUUUUACAUUUCAAUGCACUGGGAGGGAGGAUAUUGUGUGGGCAUGGAGAGCUCCAGGCAUCCUCGAGAGCUGGCGUUGGCUAUUUGGAUCCCAGUUCUGCUUUACAGUUUAAUGUAAAGAUAAUUUAGCUUUGGGUGGUCGGGGAUUGUGGGAGUAUUCUGCAUCGAUGAAAAUAACUGAAGAGAGACCUAUGACAGCUGACCCAUUGCACAUUGUGUACGAUCACAGUGCUAAUUAUUAAUUUAUUUAGUAAAAGAAGACUUUAAAGAUAGUCGAGAGUCAAGUGUUUAAUUGUCUCAUGAACUAACAGAUGUGCAGGUUUGAGGAACAUUGCCAAACCCAAUACUUAACGUGCAAUUACAUAGAAAAUAGGUGCAGGAGUAGGCCAUUCGGCCCUUCGAGCCUGCACCGCCAUUCAAUAUGAUCAUGGCUGAUCAUCUAACUCGGUAUCCUGUACCUGCCUUCUCUCCAUACCCCCUGAUUCCUUUAGCCACAAGGGCCACAUCUAACUCCCUCUUAAAUAUAGCCAAUGAACUGGCCUCAACUACCUUCUGUGGCAGAGAAUUCCAGAGAUUCACCACUCUCUGUGUGAAAAAUGUUUUUCUCAUCUCAGUCCUAAAAGAUUUCCCCCUUAUCCUUAAACUGUGACCCCUUGUUCUUUGUUAAUUGGCAAAUGCUUCGUCAACACGAAAUACAACGUGGGAUCUACGCUUCGCAAGGCUGUCGGGAGGAUUUAUUUUUGUAUUUUGUUACAUUGAUGAUGCGUAGAUGAAAUAUGACUGAGAGGGAUUUCCUUAAGUGGGUGGAAAAUGUGGUGGACAAGUGAACAAAUGGCAGCUUCAGAGACAAGGUGAGAUCUUCGUAAAUCAUAGGGGCAGAAUUAGGCCAUUCGGCCCAUCAUGCCUAUUCCACCAUUCAAUCAUGGCUGAUCUAUCUCUCCUUCUCAACCCCAUUUUCCUGCCUUCUCCCCAUUACCA